AUGUACACGGGUCUUUCCCACCCACGCUUGGCCGAUGAUCUGAGCCGUACGGCACGUGUGCCCCAUGCUGAUAUGGAAGCAUGCUUAGCGCACUCGUUCGAUCAAGACGCGGAGCGUAUUAUGGCGUAUGCUCUGGCGAGCAAGCCCAAAAGCGACAUAUGGCAUCACAUCGUCGCCCACCGGUGGCCGCACAUGCCCAGCACACUCCGCCUAGCACCAGCAGCCCAGCACCAAUUGGCAUGGCUCGUCUGCACAGGCCACUUGCAUCCCUCCAGUCCAUGUACGGCAUCUGAGUGGCUCAGUCUGACCGACGCCCUUGCUUCCCACCAUUGGCCCGAGGCAGCCCAGCUCAUCGCAGCCUAUGCUAUGAUCACUUGGGAUACCCAGGCCUGCGCGCCUCUGGUCACCAAGCCGUACGUGCUGGCUGACACCGCCUUUUGGGAGUGCAUGCCGCAGUGCCCUCGUGCAGCUGCCUUGCUACCGACCGUACCGCCUACUUGGCGAGCUCACCUGCUAUCUUGCGUCAUGGCGCAUGCAUCAGGCGAUACCUGCCUUGCGUACAUUGACGCCGUUCGGCACUAUGGUCUCGAUGCAGAUCGCCUGUCCCUCGUUCCACUGACCACGGAGCCGAGGCAAGAUGUGCUUCCCUCCGCUCGUGCCUGGCCUCACAUUCUCGAUACGUGCAGCCCCCUCCUGAGCUAUAUACUACACUUGCUCACGUCGCGCCUCGACGUACACAAUGCGCCGCGCAUGUACGAAUACGUUGUGGGACAUAUUCUCUUGCCCGACGACGGCCCCAUCCCAACCAAGGAUGCCCUCCGUGUCGUGGAACAGGCGCAGCAGGACAUUGUACAGUUCUUGCAUGCACACUGGGUGCAUGUACGCGCCGCGCGCGGCUUCGACGCACUCCCGCGAUGGUGCCUCAAAGAACUCAGCGACGAAUUGGGCAUCGAUGCGCCUGACCUUACGCUCGACUAUACGCCGACCUCCUCCGCCACGGUCAGUGAUGCUCAAAGCACCGUUGGCAUGACUAGUGCAGGGCUGAACACGACGCGAGCACCUACGCACCGCGGUCCCGCGAGUAUGUAUGCGGCUGUACUCAACAAGAGCGCUGCUGCACACGCCUCGAUUAAAAGUCAAGCGACUGUCUCUGCGCAAUGCGUUUCUGCUCCUGCGCCUGCCGCACGAUCCGCGUGCACACCUGAUCAAACUGUGCGACAAAGGGACGCAAGCUCGUAUUUUCCCACUCAUUAUGGCCCGACGCCUCGGCCACUUGAUUCAGCUCUUGCAGUACCUGCUCGACGGUCGGUGCAGAUGUCUGAGGAUCAAACGACUGAAUCUGCUCUAGCUCGAGCGGAACACAAAUGCGGCCUGUCGACGGAUGCACCACAAAAGGCGCCUUGA